AUGUAUCUGAAUAAUACCAACAAUAGUUCUAUUCGUGACAAACUUCAUAAGUUAAAUUCCAAUUCCGUGAACAUAUAUAAAAUAAACCAGGAGAUAAAACUUUACCAAGACAGAAUAACUCAAUUGAAACAACUUCUUCGCUCUCAACAAAAUGAAAGUGAACAAUUGGUACAAUAUUUUGAAGCUCAGUCGCUAUUUCAGCCUGGACAAAAUCAAAUGUCACAACCCGCUCCUAUUUAUUCGUUCAGUCAACAUUAUAAUCCCGGGCAAAAUCAAACUGAAGUUAUGGUUGGACAAAGUCAGUCAUCACCUGGACAAAAUCAACCGUCGCCUCCUGAAUUUAUGAAUAGACCAAGUCAGUCAUCAUCAUUUUCAUCCAAUUGCACGCCUGGACAGAAUCAAACUGAAGUUAUUGCUGGACAAAAUCAGUCAUUACCAGGACAGAAUCAAUCAUCGCAAUUUGCCGCUACUGAAUUUAAUAUGAAUAGGCAAAGUAGUAAGUCAUCAUCAUUACCAUCCAAUUUCAUACUCGGACAGAAUCAAACUGAAUACGUGGAUGGGCAAAAUCAGACAUCACAAGGACAGAAUCAACUAUCACAAUUUGUCCCUCCUGAAUUUAUUUUGAAUAGACAGAGUCAGUCAUCAUCAUUACCAUCCAAUUCCAUGCACGGACAAAGUCAGUCAUCAUUAUUACCAUCCAAUUUCAUACGCGGGCAAAAUCAACCUGAAUACGUGGAUAGACAAAGUCAAUCAUCACCUGGACAGAAUCAACCAUCACAAUUUGCCGCUACUGAAUUUAAUAUGAAUAGACCAAGUCAGUCAUCAUCAUUUUCAUCCAAUUGCACGCCUGGACAUAAUCAAACUGAAGUUAUUGCUGGACAAAAUCAGUCAUCACCAGGACAGAAUCAACUAUCACAAUUUGUCACUCCUGAAUUUAUUUUGAAUAAACAAAGUAAUCAGUCAUCUUCAUUACAGUCCAACUUCAUACGCGGACAUUAUCAACCUGAAUACGCGGAUGGACAAAAUCAGUCAUCACCAGGACAGAAUAAACCAUCACAAUUUGCCCCUCCUGAAUUUAUUUUGAAUAGACAGAGUCGGUCAUCAUCAUUACCAUCCAAUUCCAUGCACGGACAAAUUCAAACUGAAUACGGGAAUGGAAAAAAUCAAUCAUCAUCAUUACCAUUCAAUUCCAUGACCGAACAGAAUCAACCAGAAUAUGUGGAAAGACAAAAUCAGUCAUCAUCAAUACCGCCCGAUUUAAAUGCUGAAUCGAAUCAAUCGCAACGGACGCCCAGUCAAUUUAUGACGGAUCAAAACUCCAACCAAUCAAUUUCUCAAUCACCAGAGGGUGCAUUCGAUGUAUAUUCUGGAAAUGCAUAUCCAUUCUCACCAUCACAGAGUCAUGUUGAUCCUGCUGUCAAUCCAGAAGAAGUUAACUCUGGAACGGAGUUUUAUUCAACCAAUUCUCAGAAUCCCGGUGGAGAUACCAAUGGUAAUGUUUAUAAAAUGAAAUAA